AGAGUAGAGGAUGGUGCGCAGACUCAGGAGGAGCGGCGUUUUAGCCUUUAGCUAAAUAACUACUUUUAGGGGAUUUUCAGUUGCAUAUCAAUUUACAUUUAGGUGUUAUUAUUUUAUUUUGACCAAAAUGAUUCUUACCGUAAAAGCGCUUCAAGGAAAAGAAUGCAGCGUGCAGGUGACUGAAGAUGAAAAGGUGUCCACAGUUAAAGAACUUGUGUCAGAGCGUCUCAAUAUUCCUGCAAAUCAACAGAGACUACUUUACAAAGGAAAAGCACUAGCAGAUGAACACAGAUUGUGUGAUUACUCCAUCGGCCCAGAGGCCAAAUUGAAUCUUGUGAUUCGUCCAGCGGGAGAGAGGCUUGCUGCUCCAGUGCCCACCAGUAGCAACAGCAGCUCACAGGGAGGAGUAUGGCAGACUGUGUCUAUGGUACUUGCCAAGCACUUUAGUCCUGCUGAUGCAGCUAAAGUUCAUGAGCAACUUAUUAAGGACUACGAACGUUCCCUUCGACAGCUCAGUCUUGAUGACAUUGAGCGUUUGGCUGGAAGACUGCUUCAUCCAGAAGGAGAAAGUAUGGACACCUCAUAUAUGGACUGACUAUAAUGUUACAAUUUUAUACUGCUGAAUUGUCUUAUGGAGAUGUGUUUGGAGAUGCAGAGCCCAUAGCAAUUGGACUCAUGAAAUGAUGAUGUCAUACUUAACACUUCCAUAGAGCAAGAUUCAAAUUGUUUCGUCAUUACAGAUCUUUUUCCUUAGAGAUGCAGAUAAGAAUACAAGAACAUGGCCCAUUUUUUAUUUUAUUUUAGAAUGACACAAUCCUAUUCCAAAAUAUAUAGAUAAUUUCUCCAGAUCUCAAUUUAAAUGCACCUCAACUACAGUUUAUUUAUUAGUAAUGUUCCUCAGUGUGUGCUUUCUGUUUGAAAUAUCUUUUAUGGUUAUGCAUAUUUUAUCCAUUAUCUAUCUCAUGGUCAGUAGAUAAUUUGUAAAUAUGUUUAUAUAUACACAAUAAAACAUUUAAAACAA